AUGAUGUUUUGUGGCCCCUGUAGGUGCGCGUACCACUUGGGGAAAACCAACAUUCCCAGUAAGGGGGUAUAUGGUGCUCAUGUAAAAGGGGAGGUAGUACCCAACCGGCUGGACCACUUGGUGGUCAGGAUAAGCAGAAAUAAGAGAAGUGAUCCGUUUGAGGAGUCCUUUGGGGGGAGACAGUCUCCCCGUCCGGCGGAUAGCAAAGCCGAAUUGGGGGCAAAGAUUAGCACCAAUCGUGGGGCACACUUUAUGGCCAGUUUUGGCCCAAAUGGUGAAAGUGAAAAACGGGGGAAGGAGUAUCUGCUGAACGAAUUGAAUGAGUUUGUCUCGUUGGAUCGGCGGGGCGAAGAAAGUGGCGGCACGGUGAAAUCCUCCACCCAGAGUGAAAAAAACUCCAACGCGGGUGGACACGAUGAAGAAGUAAAAUUGGAAAGGCUACUAAAGAAGAGACAAGGAAAAAAAAAAGACAUCGUAACGAUAACGGAAAAAGCAAAAGACGAAAUAAAAAAAUUGAUCAAAGAAUAUCAUAGCAAAGAAGAUAAGGACACAAAAAAUUAUGUUUUAAAAUUAUUUUAUAUAAUUAAGGGAUGCAAUGGAUUAACUCACUCCUUCAACUUCGUCCAUAGGAGUGAGCUCCAUGCGAAUGAUGAGCUGAUCUUCGAAGACGACUGUAGGGAGAAGAUCCUCCUUGCGAUCGACAGUAAGUGUGUUCUGUAUGUUAUUAACACGACGCUCGAUUAUUACAGGGACGACCUGACGGAGCGGUUUAUCUUCACCAACCCGAACGUCACGUCCGUGUGUCCCUGCGGGACCAGCUUCCACUUUAACCCCGGCGGGAGUUCAUCGUAA